GGAAUCACACUUCCGCUUUGGUGCUUGGUUCGCAUAUGUUCACGUUAAAUUAAGUUAUCUUUCUUUCAAACGCGGGGAUGGCAUUAGAUCUGAGUGCUUUCUGCAGAUUCCGAGAAGCGGGAAGUCUUUAUUCCCUCGGGAGCGGAUGGAUCAUAAAGUCAAAAGCACUUUCACAGAAAUUUGGUAACAGUACCGUGUUUUAUCUAGUGACCACAAGCGAUGUUUUAACACCGCGUCUAGUCCUUAACGCUCUAAAGAAAACCUCAGAAACCUCCGUUUAUACCAUAUUGGUUGAUAUUGGCUCAACCGAGGCUAAACAUGGAGUCAAGACCACCAAGGACUUGCGUGAAAUAAUUGAUUUUGUGCCAUCAGUUGAAGCCGGCGAAAAUUUGUUGCAGGACUAUGUGCGAGAAAUUUCAGGAUUGUUGCUUAUAAGUUUGGAAAAGUACCAGCGGCAUGGUUACUUUAGCAAGUCAUGCAUACUGUGCGAUAGGCCGGUGAAUUUCUCGAGUGCUUUAGAGGUGAAGAAUGAUUUCAGCUCCGAUGGCUCUUCGUUAUGUUGUUAUGUACUUCAAGAAGCGAAACCCGCCAAGACAUCAUCAUCUUCAGACAUCGAUAAGGCGAGUGAAGACGAAGGCUACGUUCCUUUUGCAAACAAAAGGCUAUCACUUCUGCUAGAACAAAAUAAAGAAAGUGCUGCCUUCCUGCCCUGUGUAGUUGUUGAUGGUGAUCAAACAUACACUUCUGAAAAAGAUGUACCUGUCAAUAUCAAUCUGCUUGGUGCCAUUGUAACUGACAAGAAAGGCAAACUGGUUGGAUCUCUGCGUUGUCAUCAAAAAGAGCUACAGUUUCAGCCAUCUGUCAUCAUAAAGAAAAAGUAUUCCUCUGCCUCAAUGGUGCAAGAAAAUGGUACAGCAAGCUCAACAUGUGGUGACCUAUUGGUCAGUGGAUACUCCACAUCAGCUCAACAAGAUGACAUUCAUAAUGAAUUUCCCCCAAAUCCAGCAACUAAUGAUGAAGAAGGCAUGCAACAUAGAAAUACAAAGCCAGCUCACAGCUCCAGAAAGCAAAAUGAGCAACUGCAAAUUGCAGGGCCACUUAUGACCAAAAAAACAGGAAGUGAAGGUGGUGCAACAACAAGUGGUGGUGGUGUUACAGAAAGUAGAGGUGGUGCUAAAGAAAAUGGAGAUUGUGCUACAGGAAAUGGAGAUGGUGUUACAGGAAGUGGAGGUGGUGCUACAAGAAAUGGGGAUGGUGUUACAGGAAGUGGAGGUGGUGCUACAAGAAAUGGGGAUGGUUUUACAGGAAGUGGAGGUGGUGCAACUGCAAUGCGAGGGGAUGUAACAGGAAGUGAAAGAAAUGUAAGGAAAAUUGAAGGUGGUGGAACAGGAAGUGAGGAUGUAACAGGAAGUGAGGAGGAUAUAGCAGAAAGUGGAGGUUCUGUAAUAGGAAAUAAACAUGACAUUACAGGUAGUGGAGAUUUAGGAGGUGUAGGGGGUGCAACAGGAAGUAUAGGGAAUAAAGAAGGAAUUGGAGAUAUUGCAACAGGAAAUGGAGUUGGUGUUACAGGAAGUGGAGGUGUUGCAACAGAAAGUGGAGGUGGUGCUAUAGGAAAUGGAGAUGGUGCAACAGGAAGUCGAGAGGAUGUAACAAGAAGUGAGAGGGAUGUAACAAAAAUUGAAGGUGGUGGAACAGGAACUGAGGAUGUAACAGGAAGUAAAAGGGAUGUUAUAGGAAGUGAGGGGGAUAUUGCAGGUAGUGAAGAUGGUGCAACAGGAAAUGAGGAAUGUAGUACAGGAAGUGAGUCUGAGACAACAGAAAGUGGAGAUGAUACCAGGGGUGUCCCAAGAAGUGGAAGUGAAGCAAUAACAAAUAAACAUGACUCUGGGUUUGGCAGCUCAUUUGGAGCUAGGUCCCAUCUUUUACCAUCUGGUCUAAACAGCAAUGACCCGGGAGCCAGGCCAAAAUGGAAAGGAAAUGAAAUCAAAGGAAAUGAUGAGACAAAGAGUACAUAUUUAUCCUUGCCAGACCUGGUAGAUACAGCCCCUCAUCAACCAGACCCACUCCUGUCUGAAAUCUACCCACAACCAAUCUUGCCCCUGGUCGAAACAGCUGGAUCUUCAAGAAGAAAGAUAAGAAGCGGAGACGACAUUCAAACCCUGUGGGCAGAAUCACCAUCACAUACUUUUGACAAAGAUCUGUCUCACUUGCUGGAUACCGAAUACCACUAUGGUAUUGAAAGUGGCCUUCAGCUAGCCAAACUCUUGGGAAUAGACGGAGAGCAGCGUGAGACGUUCACACGAGCAUCAAUAAGCAGUCGCUCGGAGAAGCUAUUUGAGAUAUUGGCCACAAUCCAGCCAGAUCUGAAGGUCAAAGAUCUAUCAAAAGCCCUCGAAGAUAUUAAAAACAUUGCUGCAUUUAAUGUACUUGAACAUGCAAAAUCAGCUAAGCCUAAAGAUGGUGGAAGCCAAAUUACAGACGAGACAGAGAUGGCGGAUCUACUAGACUCUCAUGGCAAAGUGAUCGGUCAGUUGAGUCUGGAACUUGACAAAGGUCCCCAAAACUGGAAGAAUCUCUCUUCUCAGCUUGGAGUUCCUAGAUCCUACACAAAGCAACUAUCUCGCCCAGAUAGUUAUAAAAGUCCAACCAGAGAAAUGAUAGAACAUUUCAUUCCAGUGCGUAAGCCUUCACUGACUGUUGAAUCGCUUGUUAAACUUUUUAACGAAAAGAAUGCACCGACAGCCCUCGUAGACAAGCUGAAAAAUCUAAAGCAAGAUCUACCGAUAAAGCACCUGCCAAAUAAGGAAGUGAUGGAUGAUCUGGAGGAUUAUCUGGACGCAGGAGAAUGGAGAACAGUUGCCGAAAAUCUUGGACUGUGCGACGAUGACAUCUCUUGCAUCAAGCCAAUCCCAUCCCGUGAGAUAGGAGUGACGGAGGCAAUGUUUGUUUGGCUGAGAUCAGCCAAGCCAAAAACCUUCACGGUGGCCCAGUUAGUUAUUCAGCUGGCGAAAAUGAAGCGAAGAGAUUGUCUUGAUCUCAUUGCCUCUCAGAUGGAAGAUGGUGAGGUGAAAAAUAUUCUAAAAAAAGCUGGGCUAGAAGUUGAGGGCCUGGAAUGAAAAAUGAACCAGAUUAUCAUACAACUCAUUCGUCCAUACAGUCUCUAGCUCCCACAGUAAGCCUGGGCUACCUCUGUUAAGAUCCAGAAAAAGUCAGACCCUGGAAAGGCACUCAAGACAAUGGUACAGUUGUACGCUUCUAGUGAUUGGAUCACGCAAGACAAUGGUACAGUUGUACGCUCCUAGUGAUUGGAUCACUCAAGACAAUGAUAUAGUUGUACGCUCCUAGUGAUGGGCUCACGCAAGACAAUGAUACAGUUGUACGCUCCUAGUGAUUGGAUCACUCCAGACCAUGAUACAGUUGUACGCCCCUAGUGAUGGGCUCACUCAACAUAAUGAUACGUUGUACGCUCCUUGUGAUGGGAUCACUCAAGACAAUGAUACAGCUGUACGCUCCUAGUGAUCGGAUCACUCAAGGUAAUGGUAUUGUUGUACGCUCCUAGUGAUCGGAUCACUCAAGACAAUGGUAUUGUUGUACGCUCCUAGUGAUGGGCUCACUCAAGAUAAUGGUAUUGUUGUACGCUCCUAGUGAUCGAAUCACUCAAGACAAAGGUAUUGUUAUGAUGUCUAUUUGGUUUCAUUCAUUUUGUGGUUGUGUUGAAUAAGAGCUUUUAUAAUCGUUAGGAAAAUCUCAUUCUUAGAUAAUAAUAAUACAUAUAGCAUUUUGCGUCCCACUGGAUGAUACAAUGCCAAUAUUGGUACACCAGUAGACUAGUGGGACCGUGUUUAGAUGUUAUCAUUACAUAGUACGAUAAGGUUGCGCAUUGCGAAUCCGGAAUUUUUUUCCCGCAAAUAUUUUUUUGCCGAUGCGAAAGUUUCCGCGUCCACACGCAGCGUAUUCGAAUCGUUUUUAGCCGUACACACGUAUCCGGAAAUUUGUGAAAACGCAAAUUUCUUUUUUAUGAAUCUGGCUCUUAUUUUUCCGGAUACGACCGUCCACAUGUAUACGUGUUCGUAUCGGAUAAAAAAAAUUCCACUCUGGAGAGCGUUUUC